AUGCCCCAGGCCUCGGAGCACCGCCUGGGCCGCGCCAGGGACCCCGGAGCCGUGGUGACCGCACAGCCCCGGCCGGGCGCCCGCUUGCCCAGCGGCCACCGAGCGCUGAGCCAGGAGCGCCAUGCGGCCCCCAACGGGCUGUCCCCGGCCCCCAAACUGCGCCUGCUGCCCCCCCGGCCCCCGCCGCCCCCUGAAGACCCCCGCCCCAAGAAGCUGGAGCUGGAACGGGGCCGGGCGGCCAAACGGGGGGACCCCGCUCCCCGCGGGCCGGGGGGUCGCCGGGGGCCGGUGAAAGCCGAUCACGGUGUCAGGGUGCCCGGGGGAGCCCCGCAGGUGCCCGGCAGUGCCUCCUUCUCGCUGCCCAGCGCGGCCGAGCGGCGCCGGAGCAACUUGGCCCGCUCCAAAUCGACCCACCACACGCUGCUGCUGGGCUCGGGCCACGUCGGCCUCAGGAAUUUGGGCAACACGUGCUUCAUGAACGCGGUGCUGCAGUGCCUGAGCAGCACCAAACCUCUGCGGGACUACUGCCUGCGCCGGGACUUCCAGCAGGAGCAGCCCCCCGGCCCCCGCGCCCCCCAGGAGCUCACCGAAGCCUUCGCCGAUGUCAUCGCCGCCCUGUGGCACCCCGACUCCUCCGAGGCCGUCAACCCCGGGCGCUUCAAGGCCGUGUUCCAAAAAUACGUCCCCUCCUUCACAGGCUACAGCCAGCAGGACGCGCAGGAAUUCCUCAAGUUCUUCAUGGACCGGCUGCACGUGGAGAUCAACAGGAAGGGCCGGCGCACCCCCAGCAUCCUGUCGGACACGCGGAGACCCCCGGCCCUGGAGGACCCCGAAACGCUCAGCGACGACGAACGCGCCAACCAGAUGUGGAAACGCUACCUGGAGAGGGAGGACAGCAAGAUCGUGGAUCUCUUUGUGGGGCAGCUGAAGAGCUGCCUCAAGUGCCAGGCCUGCGGCUACCGCUCCACCACCUUCGAGGUGUUCUGCGACCUCUCGCUGCCCAUCCCAAAGAAAAGCUUUGCCGGGGGGAAAGUCUCGCUCCACGACUGCUUCAGCCUCUUCACCAAGGAGGAGGAGCUGGACUCAGAGAACGCCCCGGUGUGUGACAAGUGCCGGCAGCGGACGCGGAGCACCAAGAAGUUGACGAUCCAGCGCUUCCCACGCAUCCUGGUGCUCCACCUGAACCGGUUCUCCACCACUCGCUACUCCAUCAAGAAAUGCUCCGUCUUCGUGGACUUCCCGCUGCAGCAGCUCAACCUGCGGGAAUUCGCCAGCGAGAAGGCGGGCAGCCCCGUCUACAGCCUGUACGCGCUGUGCAACCACUCGGGCAGCGUCCACUACGGUCACUACACGGCCUUCUGUCGCGACCCGGCCGGCUGGCGCGUCUACAACGACUCCCGCGUCUCGCCCAUCAGCGAGAACCAGGUGCCGUCCAGCGAGGGCUACGUGCUGUUCUACGAGCUGGAGGAGCCCCCCGGCCGCAGACCCUGAGACCCCUCC